AUGCGCCCCACCAAUCUGAUAGUCAUAAAAUUCAUUUCUUUUUACAUGAAGUGUCCCGGGUUCUGGCCCCUAGAGUCAGUACGGGCGAAACGAUUUAUGAAUUUUCUCGUGGCCUAUGCUAUUUUUAUGACAUUCUUCUCGUAUAUUCAGAGUGUUGUCAUUGUCUAUUAUGCUUUCGAUGAUUUUCAGAAAUUUGCUAGUGCUACCAUGAAUACCGCGAUAUGCACCAUGGGCCUGUACAAACUCCUACUAUUCACUUACAAGCGGCCAAGUUUCCUACAUUUCAUUGGCUUCGUCAACAAAAAUUUUUGGUGCAAAAGUUACCAUCACAAUAACGACGAGAUUAUGAACAAGUGCUUAAAGAAAUGUACUUUCUACGUAAUAUUCAUAGUGAUCAUAUGUCACACGACACUGUUAUUUUUUUUCAUUCAGCCAUUAAUCGAUAAUCGAGGGAAGAACGAAAGCGAUAGAGAGCUUCCGUUCGCUGUUUACACGAGUCUUCCAGUUGAGUUGACUCCUUGGUACGAGAUAAUCUUCACUGUAGAGUUUAUUUCAGUAUUUUAUAUAUGCGUUUGUUACUUUUGCUUCGAUGUUUUUCUCUACGGAGUCAAUCUCACGCUGGUCGGUGAGUUCAUAAUAUUACAAGAGGAUCUCAAAGGCAUCUGUCAUUUCGAUGAAUUACCUGAUCCCUCGUCGAAAUAUCGUGGUUGCAUCUACUCCCAGUUCAUAAAAUGUAUCAACCAACAUCGAUUGUUGACGUGUUGCGCUGAUAAUUUGAGAGAACUUUACAAAGAUUGCGUUGUCAGUUUCGUUGUUAUACUCAGUCUGCUAAUAUGUCUGGCAAUGUAUCAGCUCAUGACGAUUCGCGGUAAACUGCUGUCUCAGAUACAUGCCUAUAUAUAUGUGACGAAUAUUUUGUCAGAGUUGUUUUUUUUCACCGCCACCUGUGAUGAUCUAUCGCAAGCAAGUUCGGGAGUUGCUCAGGCGGCAUAUGCUGUGCCAUGGAUCUCCAUUAGAUCAGAUGUUCUCAGGGGAAGAUUGGUGAAUGGCUUGAGAUUGGUCAUUAUGAGGUCUCAAAAGCCAUCGCAGAUGACUGUGGGUGACUUCUCACCUGUUACACUCCAAACAUUCACGUCGAUUUGCAAUCUGGGGUUUUCCUUUCUGGCUCUCAUGAGGCAAAGCUAG